GCAAAAGCUGUGGCCCCGCUGGCGAAGCGAAGGGCUGGCCGGCAGGGCUGGAAAGAAGAGCCCGGGAGGUCCUCCCCCAGCCCGAGCACCUAUCCGAGCCGUUCCCUCCCCGCUGGAUCGUUCAGGUUCCGUCUCCUGCUUUGUCCUGGAAGGAGAGAGGCCAAGAAAGCUCUGGACUCGUCACUCAACAAAGGACUCUUUGUGACAGCCUCCUCCAAGGAAACCUGACCUCCCUCCCCGUCCGUGGGGCGGAAAGCGAUCCGGACGGGGCCACUGGCUCGGCUGGGCCCUCUCUCCUUCCGUCGGCGCCGGGGCUCUGCUCUAUGUGGGCCAGUCUGCUCCGCAGCCUGCCUCCGUGAUGCCGCCCUUCUUCCUGGCUCUCCUGCUUUGGGUGCAGGCGGCAAGAGCCGCCAAGGCCUGUCCUCACCUGUGCGUCUGCUACGAAUCCUCGGAUUUCGUGGACUGCCGUGGCCGGCGCCUGGCCCACGUCCCCCGCGGCAUCCCGCAUAGCACGUGGCUCCUGGAUCUGAGGCACAACAACCUGACCAGCCUGGAGGCGGGCUCCUUCGACGCCCUGUGGUCUAUGAAGAUCUUGCUCCUGGCCCACAACUCCGUCGGCCAGCUCUGGCCCAAGGCCUUCGCGUGCCUGGGCUUCCUGGAGAAGAUAGACCUCAGCCACAACCUCCUGGCCCAGCUGCCUCCUGACUUCUCCGAUGAACUGGCCUCCCUGAAGGAGCUCAAGGCGGCCUACAACCGGCUGUCGGCCGUGGGCUAUGAGAGCCUGCAGCACCUGGAGAGCCUGGAGAAGCUGGACCUGAGCUACAACCAAGUGGCUUCCAUUGAGAAGGGGGCCUUUCGGGGCCUGUCCAGGCUUCGCUACCUCUACCUCCAGUCCAACCGUCUGGGGAUUGUCCACAACGGCUUCUUCUCCAUGCUCCAGAACCUGGAAGUCCUCUUCCUUGGCACCAACAACAUCAGCGCCAUCGAGCUGGAGGCCUUCACCUCCUUGCACAACGUCAACCUCCUGGCUUUGACCGGCAACCAGCUCAUCCACCUCAAAUUCAAGACCUUCCUGAACAUCCAGACGCCCAGCACCCACCUCCAGCUCGCCGGCAACCCCUGGGCCUGCGACUGUGACCUCCAGCGGGUCUUCAGCAAGAUCCUGAGCGUCCGCCACCUCCACGUGGAAGACUACGCCAAUAUCACCUGUGCCAGUCCCUGGCAGCUGGCCGGCUUGCCUCUGGUUUCUGUGGAUGCCCAGCUGUGCGUGGCCGAGACGGCCACCGUCCUGGUGAUCACGGUCACCGUCCUGGUGACCGUCAUUGCCGCCAUCGUCAUGGCGGAGAGGAACAGGAAGAAGAGCCAGGAGAAGAACUGGAACGAGUCCGACGGCCCCUUCGACCCGCAGGAGAAGUGAGAUGAGGGGUGGGAAAGCUAGUGCCUGGUGCGUGAGAAGCAGCCGCUUCCUUUUGAGCUCUCCUGGAUCCGCGCUGACUGGCCCUAUUCCUAGCUCCGCGGGACCCAAGCCCGGAUGCCUGGUGUGGGGACCAGAGCCGCCCUGCCCAGAGACUUGGCUGCUGCACUCACCCCAGGGGGCUCCCGCUCGGUCCCAUCUUGGGCCAGGUCCCCCUUCCUUUCACCUGCUCAUCGCCACCAGGUUCUGUGAGCCAACGGCUGCCCUGCCACGCCCCUGCACCCACCUCCCCGGCCUUCAAACCCUCCCUCGGGCACCCCGCCCCACACACACGCUGGCCUUUAACAGCUGCCCUCAGUGACGCCUCUCCUGCCCCCUGCUGGCGUGUGGGGUGAUUGCACAGAUGUAGCCAACUGGAAUGUGGUGAAGAGGGGGAGGGAGGGAAUCUCAACCCUCCCCCCCGCUGACGGGAGGGAAAAGGGAACAGUGCUCUGGUUUUGCCCCUCAACUCAGCAGUUCUGGCUCCGUGAGCCCUCGCAGCCCUCCCCUACGAGGCUGGGAUUACCCCUGCCUUACAGCUGGGGAAACUGAGGCACAGCGCUUCAGUCAAGGUCAGUGCAGCGAGCUGGGAAUGGAACGUGGGGGUCCUGACGCUCGAUCCCGCCGUUCUCAGCCCCUCCUCUGCUCUGAGCUGGCCUGUUGGAGUUUGGGGGCAGUGUUGCCUUGUGGGAAGAGCUGGUUUAGGGGCAGCUGGGGCUUCCCUUAGCUGCUCCCUCCAGAGGCCAGUGCAGUGGGUGGGGAGCUGCUAGGCAGAGCUGGUUGUCUGCUCCGUGAGUGAAACCUCUUGGGCUGGUGGGGGGCCCCUGACUCAGUGGCCGGGAGGAACCAUAAGAUUCCACCCACCUGCUCCACAUCGAUCCAGAGGCCAGGGCUGCCUGGGGGAAGCUUGCCUAGGAAGCUGCUAUCCGGAGCCUCUGCCUAGCCCUCAGCCCUCCUCCCACCUGGCCCAGCAGUGCUACGAGCCAUGCUCU